AGUUAACGUUAUGCUGCUUCACUGCUCACUACACAACCUACACUCUUCAACAUCGGGUAUAAAGCUGAGACCAACUCUGCGGUCUUCAUCCGACUUGCUGUAUGUGAUGCAUCCAGAAACCCUGGAACGGCUCAUAUCCUUUACGCGUGAGGUGACUUUUAUUCCUAGACUGGACAAAUAUAUUCCAGCAGUCGAGGAUGAAGAAAAUUAGUCAAAGCACCUGACAACGCGACAUGGACGUCAUCUGGAGCUCGUCAAGUGUGUGUGCGCGCGUGUGUGUGUGUGUGUGUGUGCGUGUAUGUGUGUGUGAGCAUGAUCUUGUUGGAGAAACCUAUAAAGUUGACGGACUUGCUUUAUAUUUGGUUAAUUGCGCCAGUAUGGAGCGGAUGAAGGAGCGCGCAUGAAGCUAUUUGGAGUCUGUGAGAUCUACAAGAAGAAACAGAAGCAUCGAGGAGAAAUAUGGCUCGUCUCUUCUGUCUGAUUAACUCUGUCGCGCUGUUGCUUUUUGGCACUGAUAUGUUUUUGGUCGGAGCAAAUCGCCCACCUGCUCCAGUCAACGUGUCCGUCAUGAAUCUGAGAGCUGAUUCAGCCACAGUGAUUUGGGAGGUUCCAGAGGGGGACAUCAUUAUUGGCUUCUCAGUUCUACAGCAGAAGCAGGAUGGCCACAUGCAGCGGUUUAUCCGGGAGGUAAACACCACCAGCAGAGCCUGUGUGCUUUGGGACCUGGAGGAGGAGACAGACUACAUAGUCCAGGUUCAGUCUAUUGGACUGUAUGGAGAAAGUCAGGCCAGCAAGCGUGUCCAUUUCAAAACCCUCAAAAAGUCAGACCGCUUCCCUUCAAACAGUUCAAACCAAGAUGAUCCAACUGUUGAAGGUCUUGACAAAUCGAGAAACCUGCAAACAGGAGAGAUGAUCAUAAUUGUGGUGGUGCUGCUUAUGUGGGCAGCGGUCAUCGCACUCUUCUGCCGGCAGUAUGACAUCAUCAAGGACAACGAUAACAGUAACAGCAAAGAGAAGGUCAAGCCGUUGUCUGAGAGGAGCACACCAGAGCACCAUAGUGGAGGACUGCUCAGGAGCAAAUUUCAUCAGUCUGUGGCAUCUAUCAACAUCAUAGAGGUCUAAUGGGACAAGUGAAGAUGUCUUCUCUUCUAACUGUCAACAUGAUGCUACAUUGCUGUAAACCUUCUCCACCACAGAGUCAGGAAACAAUCCAUUAAUCACACUGGCUGCCACUGAAGCUUGAACUUUUCAUCCCACAACUAUGAGGGCGCAAGCCAGAUGUUUCGAAAGCAACCCAUUCUUGUAUGGCAGUUGUAUGUAAAGUGACGUACAGCUGUAUUAAGAGAGCUCAUUCCCACUGGUUUCAUGUUCAUUCAGUGUGAUUGCAGUGCACAACUUUCAUUCAAGGAUCAUUGGACUACAAUGGAUUGUAUUUUUGAAGUGGUCCAGUAAAAGGCUACUGUAGAACAUGGGGUUUAGGGUUCCAGGUGUGUGUGUGUGUUUGUGUCCUGUCAUAGCCUCUGAAGGCUGUUGAAUGAAGCCAAGUGUACACUCUGGGACAUAAUACAAGCAAGCUUUUGUGUCGUUGUGGCCAAAAAUGGAGAAGCUCAAAGAGAGGCUCAGCACACGUGAACAUGUUCCUAUGACAAGUUUUCUUAUUUUCUGUGAGAAAAUACUUACACAGUAGAAAGAACAGAAGGCCGUGUCACUGUUGGAUAUAUGAUCAUUACAGCUUGAAAAAAAAUGCUUUGUUUGCACUUUAUGUAUGUAUGAAUUUUUGGGUAACAUUUAACAUUAAAGAUGCCAAUAACUAGCAUCAUUUUAGCUUUAGUUAACACCAUAAAAAUAAUAUUAAUACACCAUAAACUAAUGUUAAAUAUGUAAUUAAUGCCUUUUUUAAAACAAAUAUGUGAACCUGAAUUUAGUCAACUGUCUUUAGUAUAAUGCUGUAAUAUCAUUUAUGGUCAUUUUUGUGGACUUUGUGGACCAGAGAUAUUGCAGGUGUAUUUAGUUAAAAAUAAAAAUCACACAUCAUUAACACUUUAU